AUGCUCUUAUUAUUCAUAUCCUGUUCCAUUCUACUUUAUGGUAUCCCAGCAGAUUUAGCUCAAGAAUUUCUGAAUCCUUGCGCUGAUGCACCAUCAGCUUCUGCACAAGUAAUUUGCAAUCAAUUACAUGAAUGGGAUAGACAAGCUCGGGCAAAACCACCAGUGGGAUCAUCUGCGGUGUUGCCACCUGCAAUCCCAGGAAGAAGUCGAACAAUUGCUGCAGAGCUUGCGCCUAUUACUUCCACUCCUUAUCAGUGCAUGGAUCUCGAAUGUCUCUGUAUAUAUUUAAGAGGUAGAACACAAGCAGGUGGAAUAUGCUAUUUACCGAAUGGCUCACGACUAACAAAAGCCAUCAGGAAGGAGUACCGCAUGCUAACUGAUGAGGAGCGGAAAAGAUUUCACAAUGCUUUAAUACAACUUAAACGUUCUGGUGAAUAUGAUAAAUUGGCGCUGAUUCAUGGCCGUGCAGCAGUUAGCGGCGGUGCGCAUUCUGGACCUGCCUUUCUUCCGUGGCAUCGGGAAUUCAUCAAAAGAUUUGAGAUUGCUCUUCGACAAAUUGAUCCCAUCGUUUCCAUCCCGUAUUGGGAUUCAGUUCUGGAUAGUGGUUUACCGAAUCCACAAGAUUCAGUGCUGUGGACAAACGAAUUGAUGGGUAAAACCAAUGCGAACGGAGAUGUAACUGGAGGAGAUUUUGCUAACUUCGUCACAUUUGAGAAACAUCCGAACAUAAAACGUGAAGUUGGAAAACAAGGAUCGCCCUUCAAGCAAUCAGAUUUGAAUUGGUUCCUGCAACAAAAUCGAAUGGAAAAUGUUCUUGCAUUUACUGCUCCCAGACAGGGUUGUCAAUAUCGUGCCAAUUACAACGCCUUGGAAUACACACACGGUAAUGUUCACAUCUUUGUGGGCGGUGAUAUGUACGAUCCGUAUACAUCCGGAAACGAUCCGUUAUUCUACCUGCACCAUUCAUUUGUCGAUUAUAUAUGGGAAAUGUAUCGGCAACAAAAACAGACACGAUAUCAACGUGAAAAUGAUUACUCACCUGACAAUCAGGCAUGCAGCAGCGCAUUACAUUUCGGUUCCACUUUAAUGAGACCCUUCACACCAUUACGAAAUAUUGAUGGUUUGAGCAAUGCUUAUACCGACAAUCUAUAUGAAUAUGCACCACGGCCAACAUGUCGAAGUGGACCAACUUGUGGAUCGAAGUAUCUGUUUUGCGAUCGAUCACACGGACAACCUCAUUGCGUGUCACAGGCUCGAAUCGGUGGACACUGUUUUGGAUUUGUGAACGGUGAACAGGUAUGUCAUAAUGGAAUAUGUGUCAAUGGACGAUGUGUUACCACACCUUCCUCUUCGAUUCUACCAAUUACACCACCGCCCAUACAAGUGCCAGUGAAACAAACAGCGGUUGUAUCAAUAAAUGCUAAUUGCUACAACGAAAAUGAAUGCUGUCAGUUUUGGGCCCAGCGAGGUGAAUGCAAUCGGAACAGAGGUUACAUGCACGAAUGGUGUAAAGUUGCAUGUCGAAUUUGUCAGCCUAAUUUCAAUCCCAACACUGAAUGCUCAAAUCAUCAUGAGAAUUGUGAACGAUGGGCAAGAAGCGGUGAAUGUAAAAGGAAUGCUAAAUGGAUGAGGGAGAAUUGUCGACAGAGUUGUCAUCAUUGUGAUCGAACGAGGACACAAGUUUGCAGUGGUGAGCGCCGUGAUGUGACACCUCGACCACAAUCUGAGAAAAUAAAUCUUCUCCAUUGCAAUUCACCGGGAUGUUACAAUGAGAAUGUCUGCUGUCCAUUAUGGGGUCUACAAGGACAGUGCUCUCGAAAUUUCACUUGGAUAGCAUGUAAUUGCAAAGUUAGUUGUGGCCUAUGUAUUCCAGCUGAUUAUGAUUAUGGAACGUGUAAUGAUUAUCAUCGUAGUUGUCCUGAAUGGGCCUCACGUGGUGAAUGUAAUACAAAUGCUUGGAUGUUGGAAAAUUGUCGGCGUUCAUGUCGCUCAUGCCUAGAUCAGUGGCAAUUACGUCAAAGAUGUCGUAUUAAUUUAGAUUUAACUUUCAGUCAUGCGCCAAAUCUUGUCCCACCUGUGAUCGAUGAUUUUUAUUAUGAUAUAUUAUGA